AGUGGCCGGGGCCAGGGAGGUCGCUUGGCUGCUGGGCUGGCUGCUGUCACACGCGCCCAGCGCCCGGCUCCGCUAGCCCUUCUCCCGCGCGCACCCAGACACACAGCUCACACUCGUGCUCUGGGACUGAGCCCGGGCUCCCUGGAGCAGCGGCCAGCGAGUAAGCCCCUCCAUCCUCCAUCAGAGAGACCACAUGGGCCCCGAGACCACCUGCCCGUGCAGGGGCCCCCUGCCUCGCCUCCACAUGAGGACCUGGGUUGAGCCAAUAGUGGCCUCCACCCAGGUGGCCGGCUCCCUCUUCGACGCGGGGCUCCUCCUGGUAGUAAAAGCGUCCUUCGGGCCUGGGGCCGGAAACUCCUCCAACCACAGCAUCAGCCCGUCACCACGGGGGGCUCUGGAGGACCAACAGCAGAAAGCCAUCUCCAAUUUCUACAUAAUCUACAACCUCGUGGCAGGCUUGUCGCCCCUGCUGUCUGCCUACGGCCUGGCCUGGCUCAGUGACCGUUACCACCGCAAGAUCUCCGUCUGCGUGGCCCUGCUGGGUAUCCUGCUCUGCCGACUCGGGCUGCUGUUCAAGGUGCUGUGGGACUGGCCCGUGGAGGUCAUGUACUGGGCCACGGCGCUGAACGGGCUGUGCGGCGGCUUCUCCGCGUACUGGUCAGGCGUUAUAGCCCUGGGAUCCCUCAGCUCCUCUGAAGGCCGCCGCUCCCUACGCCUCAUCUUUAUUGACCUGAUCCUGGGCUUGGCGGGAUUCUGCGGGAGCAUGGUCUCCGGGCAUCUCUUUAAGCAGUUAUCUGGGCAUUCUGGACAGGGCCUGGUGCUGACAGCCUGCAGCGUGAGCUGUGCCGCUUUUGCCCUUUUCUACAGCCUCGUGGUCCUGAAGGUACCGGAGUCGGUGGCCACGCCCAGCAAGACUCUCCCCACCAUGGAUACAGUGUCUGGCACGACUGGCACAUAUCGCACCCUGGACCCUGAUCAGCCCGACAAGCAGAGUGUGGUGGGGCGCCCUCUAUCUCCUGGGAAAGCAAAGCCCCAAAAAACCAUUAUUGCCCUGCUCUUUGCAGGUGCCAUCAUCUACGACCUGGCAGUGGUGGGCACAGUGGAAGUGAUGCCCCUUUUUGUGCUCAGGGAGCCUCUCAGUUGGAACCAAGUGCAGGUGGGCUAUGGUAUGGCGGCAGGGUACAUCAUCUUCAUCACCAGUUUUCUGGGCGUCCUGGUCUUCUCCCGCUGCUUCCAGGACACCAGCAUGAUCAUGAUUGGGAUGGUCUCCUUUGGGUUGGGAGCCCUCCUCCUGGCUUUUGUGAAAGAGACAUACAUGUUCUACAUUGCUCGAGUCAUCAUGCUGUUUGCUCUCAUCCCUGUCACAACCAUCCGGUCAGCAAUGUCCAAACUCAUAAAGGACUCCUCUUACGGAAAGGUGUUUGUCGUCCUGCAGCUGUCCCUGACAGUGACGUGGGUGGUGACAUCUACACUGUAUAACGAGCUCUAUCAGCUCACCAUGGAAAAGUUCGUCGGGACCUGCUUUGCUCUCUCCUCCUUCCUCUCCUUCGUGGCCAUCAUCCCAAUUGGCAUUGUGGCCUAUAAACAAGACUCAUGGUUGAAAUGUGCAGACAUCACAGAGAAAUGAAAGCGCUGACCUGCAGGAGCUGAAAACACCAGCAAUGGCCAGGCCCCUCUGAAGACAAAGGAAGGGACCAGGAACUGAUGACCAAAGCGACCCACUGCCCAAGAAACCCGAGUUCCAGCCAGUCAGCCUCAGAAUGACCUUCUCUGGCUCAGGCAUCUCUGGUGGGUGGGGAAAAGCAUUUUCCUGGUGAUGGAAGAAAUUUCUCAGCUUUCAGAUGUCCGUUAGGCAGAGGUUAGGUUCUGCAGGCAGUAGAGUGUGAACUUUCAGGUUUACAUGCAAGCUGCAUGCACAGCCAUACCUGAUACUGUAAAGGGCGUCAGACAACAGAUACCUUUCUUCCAGAAAUUGUCUUGUGGACUCCAAAGUAUGGCUAAAUAGUCACCUGGCUGCGGCGCUCGGAGUCCCAUGUGAGAACUCAAACCAAGGCACGCAUUUUCAACAACAUGAGGAGAAUGUGGAAGGGAUGUAAAACCUGCCUGCUGUGAACAUCAGUCAAUACUUUUUAAAUAAAAAUAAAACCUUGGGAAAAAAGCUGGCUUUCUUCCUGAGUCCCUGGUAGCUGUGAACAGUCAGAAGGGACUUAGAGCUCAGGCUCUUUCUUGGCUUCAGGGUAGUUUUGUUGUCACU